CUCGGUCCGGGAGCCGCCGGUCCCAGAGUCUCUGCAAGUCUUUCAUCUCUCACAGCUUCUUUCUCAGCCUAGCCCAGCCUCACCAUGGUGGACGCCUUCCUGGGCACCUGGAAACUAGUGGACAGCAAGAAUUUUGAUGAUUACAUGAAGUCACUUGGUGUGGGCUUUGCUACCAGGCAAGUGGCCAGCAUGACCAAGCCUACCACAAUCAUCGAAAAGAAUGGGGACACCAUCAUCCUAAAAACACAGAGCACCUUUAAGAACACGGAGAUCAGCUUUCAGCUGGGGGUGGAGUUUGAUGAGACUACAGCAGAUGACAGGAAGGUCAAGUCCACUGUGACGCUGGAUGGAGGAAAACUUGUCCAUGUGCAGAAGUGGGACGGGCAGGAGACUACACUCGUGCGGGAGCUAAGUGAUGGGAAACUCAUCUUGACGCUCACCCAUGGCAGUGCAGUGUGCACUCGCACUUACGAGAAGGAGGCGUGACCUGCCAGCGCUGUCACUGACUGCUCCUCUGCCAGCUGGCUACCCCUGGACUCAGCACCACAUUGCCUCAUUUUUUCCUCUGGCAUUUUGUAUAAAUCUACUUUGGGGAAUUCUUUUGAGGUCAAAUGGCACCAGCCUGAAUCCAGUUCCAGUUCCCAUUGUGUAUGUGUGGUUUUGUUUUGUUUUGUUUUUUAAACUGUAUCCAAAGAGUGCUCUGAGGUUAAUAAAGCAGAGCAAAGAUGA